GGCUCACAUGGGAGGGAGAGGAGAGACAGUAAGAUUUGAUUGGAUAAAUAUGAAAACUAUUGGAUCUGCGUUGUUUCAAGAGUUUGAUGAUUUGAAGACGUUAACUGAUUAACGCAAAAUCAAAAAAAAAAAAAAGUCUUCCUGACUAUUUUACCUCUUAAUACGACGUUCCAAAAUCAGAAAAGGAUUUGGAAACUUGUGAUGUGAUUUGAACACCAUUUUCCAAGAGCAAAGAAGGAAGAAGAAGAAGAGACAUGGACUGGCCGCAAGUUUCCUCUAGAUCAAGUUCGCUUACUGUCGGAGAGAAAGUCUGCGCCGUCUUUAUACCUCUCUUUGCUAUUAUUGAUUUUUUCUUCUCCACCGUCGGGCAAUGCUUUGAUUGCCGCCGACGACGAUCUCCUCAAGUAUGUCACCACGUGGAUCUGGCUCGUCUUGCACAUGGAUCUCCAUUUUCAGUGAAUGAAGUAGAAGCAUUGUAUGAGUUAUUCAAGAAAUUGAGCUGUUCAAUUAUUGAUGACGGUUUGAUUCACAAGGAAGAGCUUCGGUUAGCGCUUUUCCAAGCUCCAUAUGGUGAGAACCUCUUUCUUGAUAGGGUUUUUGAUUUGUUCGAUGAAAAGAAGAAUGGUGUUAUUGAGUUUGAGGAAUUUAUCCAUGCCUUGAGUGUGUUUCAUCCCUACGCACCAAUAGAGGAGAAAAUCGACUUUGCAUUUAGGCUUUAUGAUCUAAGACAAACAGGAUUUAUAGAGCGGGAAGAGGUGCAUCAAAUGGUGGCUGCUAUUUUGAUGGAAUCUGAAAUGAUUUUGUCCGAUGAACUUUUGACUAUGAUCAUUGAUAAAACAUUUGCUGAUGCAGAUGCAGACAAAGACGGUAAAAUAAGCAAGGAGGAGUGGAAAGUGUAUGUGCUCAAGCAUCCUGCCUUGUUGAAGAAUAUGACUCUUCCUUACCUAAAGGAUGUGACGACGGCAUUCCCAAGUUUUAUAUUCAACACUGAGGUUGAAGACUGAAUCAACAACACACCGUUUUCUCUCUCUCUAUCUCACUGCUGGGGUUUUACGUAUGAAGAACAGCUUCUUUACUGUAAUUUACCCGAAUUAGUUGGUGAUCAUUGUUAGCUGUAAGUAAAAAAAAUGUGAGGCUCCGGAUAUCUUUUGAUGCACGCAUCUGUACACUGUUCCAUUGAAAGUGAUAAGCAUUACUUUUUAGUAUAUUUUUAUCUUUUGCGUCUAUGGACCAGUGAUCCAUACAUAUCUUAUGUGGAAAGUUUGGAAAAAUUAAAGGAAUAGGUCAAUGGCCA